CAGCACCUUUGAAGGACGUCGGCCUCCCCCGACCCACUUCGUGCAAAAGCGCCGUAUACCUGCUCCCCGGUCCCGGACCAGGCGCAGCCCCAGGGGGAAGGAGUAUCGGCAAAGGCGUGGGAAGAGGCAUCGGGAUCACCUCCAUCCCGGGAUGGUUUGCCAAACUCCUCGACCUCCUCCUCCCCUCCCCUCCUCCAACCUCCGCAGCAACCCAUGCUCCACCAACAGCACGCCCCAAACUCGCGCUCUUACUCCUCGCAUGUCUGUUCUCGUCUUCGCCCUGUUUCCCCUUCCCCGGGUUAAGGGCAAGCACCUCCCCGCUAUCCAGCGUCUUGCGCCUCCUCCCCGUACUCCCGCUCCCCACACUUUUCCCAUUCAGUGCAUCCUCCCUCCCUCCGCUCCUCGCGCUCCUCCCACUUCUCCCACUGGUGCUCAGUGCAUCCUCCCUCCCCUCCCUCCGCAAGCUCCUGGGGGGACUCUCCACCCCCGCCGGCUCGCGCAUCACCAGCUCCCUCACGCUCCUCCUCGCCCUCAGUUGCCUGCCUGUCAAGGCCGCCACCCCACCUGGAGCAGUUACGGGCGGUAACUGCGCAGCGGGGAAGAGGUUGGAUCUCGAUAUUCUCCGGACGAGGUUCCUCGAUACUUCGGGUUCGGGAGGCGGCUGGGAGGGGGGAGGUUGUCGCGUGGGUGUGUAAGCGGGAGGAGGGGAAACACCCCUCGGGCGCAUAUACAACACGUCCUCUUCUUCCUCCUGCCUGAGGGUAGAAGGCCCCGCCUGCCCCGGUGCAGGGAGGGGGAGGACGACCUCCGGGUCUCCUACGAGCCUGCCAUAGCUCACCUCUAUCCCCGGAGGAUCACCGUUCGGUUUCGGAGGAGCGGCACGCUGCGUGCUGAGCCUGCUGGCCCAGCCCCAGCUCGUGUGUCCUGUUUGAGAGGCAGUGCGUGUCGAGUCGAUCGAGCUGCGACCCCGGGUGUGGGAGAGGUGUAAGGGGAGGGCGGGAACGGGGGGUUCUUCGUUAGGGAGGGAAGCAGACGGAGAACGGGGCACGUUCUUCCAGCUCAGGGUACGUACGAGCUUGACCAUCGAUCGUCCGAGACUUGCGCU